ACAGCAACAUGCCAUGGACGGAGCAGAGUGGCCGGCAGGAGCUCAUUUCAAGCAUUGGAAAAUGUUCCAUCUGUUUUCCCACUGUUGGCAUUGUAUACAGAAGAAGCACGAGCCAGUCAGGAAUGUGACGAUUCUCUUCAUGGGGUUGGAAAAUUCUGGAAAGAGUUCAGUGAUAAGAGUCAUUAAGAGAGUGCCCCCUAAAGCCCUUACGUCUCCAUCUUCUGAUCCUCUGAAAACCCAACUUCGCCUCGACCACUUUAAUCUGACUCUCCUUGAGCUGCCCAGUGGACAGAAGGCUAGAGCCAGCUGGAGGUUAUAUUACCCCCAAGCCCACGCCUUUGUCUUUUUAGUGGAUUCCUGUGACCGCGGACGCUUACAGGAAGUGGCGAGUGUCCUCCAAUGUAUCCUGAAACACCCAGCAGUGUCCGGGAAGCCACUUUUAAUAUUAGCUAAUAAACAGGAGAGAGCCUUCGCACUGCUGCCCAGUGAAAUCAUUGAGCUCCUGUCGCUGGAAAAAUUGGUGAACGAGAAUAAGACGAUUUGCAGAAUUGAACCGUGUUCCGCAACCACAGACCUCCGAUCCCAUUACGAAUGGACGAUUCUGAAGGGACUACGUUGGAUUCUAAAGUCUGUAACCUUUAGCUAUUCCUCAUUAAACACUUGUGUGUUACAAGAGAGCGCAGAACAGAAAGAGAGUAUACAUCACAGGACUGCCGUGAUGCCGCGGAACGUCAGUGAUCUGCCAAAAUGGAAGGUGACUGAUGAGGAAAUUACGGGCCUUGUAGAGUACAAACCAUUCCCGUGCGGCAAAGAAAGAGCUCUGAAGCCCAUUCAAAAUAUAUUGACACAGACAGGAUACAGCCUGCAGAGAACAAACAAGAAGAAGAGGAAGAAGGUGAAGGUGCUGGAGACCAGUUCGCCUCAAAUUCUGAACGCUGAUGGAAGUAAAGUGCGUGACAAAAAAGCUGAACCUCGAGCAUCUCCCGCUAAAGAAUCUCGCCACCACUAUAUGGACCCCAGGACUGUCGUCAUACCGGCGAGCCAAAGUGAUAACCAAGCCACGCGUGAAGGUUCCAAGAGAAGAAAGAAGAGGAGACCGCCGCCGCCGCCAAAACAACAAAUAAAAUCUCUGGAUGGCGUCCGCUCUACAGGAGACAUGGGCCAAACAUUCGAUCUUUACCGAAAAGCUAUGCAAGCUUUAAAGCUAAAGCAAGAAACGCAAAGGAAGGUCAAUCCAUAA